AUGGCAGGUCCGCAAAUGGGGGGAUAUGCAGAGGAUCACCCCCCACGAAAAAGACAUGCAGCAGAAAAGCAAAAAAAGAAAACAGUUAUAUAUACAAAAUGCUUUGAAUUUGAGUCGGCCAUACAGCGCCCGAUUGACCGCCAGCGAUACGACGAGAACGAGGACUUGUCGGACGUGGAGGAGAUCGUCAGCGUCCGCGGCUUCAGCCUGGAGGAGAAGCUUCGCAGCCAGCUGUACCAGGGGGACUUUGUGCACGCCAUGGAGGGCAAAGAUUUCAACUAUGAGUACGUACAGAGAGAAGCUCUCAGGGUUCCCCUGAUAUUUCGAGAAAAGGAUGGACUGGGAAUUAAGAUGCCUGACCCUGAUUUCACAGUCCGAGACGUCAAACUCCUAGUGGGGAGCCGGCGGCUUGUGGACGUGAUGGAUGUGAACACCCAGAAGGGCACGGAGAUGAGCAUGUCCCAGUUUGUGCGUUACUACGAGACGCCCGAGGCCCAGCGGGACAAGCUGUACAACGUCAUCAGCCUAGAGUUCAGCCACACCAAGCUGGAGCACUUGGUCAAGCGUCCGACUGUGGUAGACCUGGUGGACUGGGUGGACAACAUGUGGCCCCAGCAUCUGAAGGAGAAGCAGACAGAAGCCACGAACGCCAUUGCAGAGAUGAAGUACCCGAAAGUGAAGAAGUACUGUCUGAUGAGCGUGAAAGGUUGUUUCACCGACUUCCACAUCGACUUUGGAGGCACUUCCGUUUGGUACCAUGUUUUCCGGGGUGGGAAGAUUUUUUGGCUGAUUCCUCCAACGCUGCACAAUUUGGCGCUGUACGAGGAGUGGGUGCUGUCAGGCAAACAGAGUGACAUCUUUCUGGGAGACCGUGUGGAACGAUGCCAAAGAAUUGAGCUGAAGCAGGGCUACACAUUUUUCAUCCCUUCUGGUUGGAUCCAUGCUGUCUACACCCCUGUAGACUCUUUGGUGUUCGGCGGAAACAUCCUGCACAGCUUUAACGUGCCCAUGCAGCUGCGGAUCUACGAGAUCGAGGACAGGACACGGGUGCAGCCCAAAUUCCGUUACCCCUUCUACUAUGAGAUGUGCUGGUAUGUCCUGGAGAGAUACGUGUACUGUGUGACCCAGCGCUCCCACCUCACUCAGGAAUACCAGAGGGAGUCGAUGCUUAUUGAUGCCCCGAGGAAGCCCAGCAUAGACGGCUUCUCUUCGGAUUCCUGGCUGGAGAUGGAGGAGGAGGCCUGUGAUCAGCAGCCUCAGGAGGAGGAGGAGAAGGACGAGGAGGGCGAGGGCAGGGACAGGGUACCCAAACCGCCCACCGAUGGCUCCACUUCACCCACCAGCACACCCUCCGAGGACCAGGAGUCCCUCGGGAAGAAGCCCAAAGCACCUGCCCUGCGAUUCCUCAAAAGGACUUUGUCUAACGAGUCGGAGGAGAGUGUGAAGUCUACUACGUUGCCCGUAGACUACCCCAAGACCCCCACCGGCUCUCCCGCCACGGAGGUCUCUGCCAAAUGGACCCAUCUCACCGAGUUUGAACUGAAGGGCCUGAAAGCUCUGGUGGAGAAACUGGAAUCCCUCCCGGAGAACAAGAAGUGUGUCCCCGAGGGCAUCGAGGACCCCCAGGCACUCCUGGAGGGUGUGAAGAACGUCCUGAAGGAACACGCGGAUGAUGACCCUAGUCUGGCCAUCACUGGGGUCCCUGUGGUGACUUGGCCAAAGAAGACUCCAAAGAACCGGGCUGUGGGUCGGCCCAAGGGGAAGCUCGGCCCGGCCUCCGCGGUGAAGUUGGCCGCCAAUCGGACAACCGCAGGAGCUCGGCGGCGCCGGACGCGAUGCCGCAAGUGCGAGGCCUGCCUGCGGACCGAGUGCGGAGAGUGCCACUUCUGCAAGGACAUGAAGAAGUUCGGGGGCCCCGGGCGCAUGAAGCAGAGCUGCAUCAUGCGGCAGUGCAUCGCGCCAGUGCUGCCCCACACUGCCGUGUGCCUUGUGUGUGGCGAGGCGGGGAAGGAAGACACGGUGGAAGAGGAGGAAGGCAAGUUUAACCUCAUGCUCAUGGAGUGCUCCAUCUGCAAUGAAAUCAUCCACCCUGGAUGCCUUAAGAUUAAGGAGUCAGAGGGUGUGGUCAACGACGAGCUUCCAAACUGCUGGGAGUGUCCGAAGUGUAACCACGCCGGCAAGACCGGGAAACAAAAGCGUGGCCCUGGCUUUAAGUACGCCUCCAACCUGCCCGGCUCCCUGCUCAAGGAGCAGAAGAUGAACCGGGACAACAAGGAAGGGCAGGAACCUGCCAAGCGGAGGAGUGAGUGUGAGGAGGCGCCCCGGCGCAGGUCGGAUGAGCACCCCAAGAAGGUGCCGCCGGACGGCCUCCUGCGCAGAAAGUCUGACGACGUGCACCUGAGGAAGAAGCGGAAAUACGAGAAGCCCCAGGAGCUGAGUGGGCGCAAGCGGGCCUCAUCGCUUCAAACGUCCCCCGGUUCCUCCUCUCACCUCUCGCCGAGGCCCCCUCUAGGCAGCAGCCUCAGCCCCUGGUGGAGAUCCAGUCUCACUUACUUCCAGCAGCAGCUCAAACCUGGCAAAGAAGAUAAGCUUUUCAGGAAAAAGCGGCGGUCCUGGAAGAACGCCGAGGACCGCAUGGCGCUGGCCAACAAGCCCCUCCGGCGCUUCAAGCAGGAGCCCGAGGACGAUCUGCCCGAGGCGCCCCCCAAGACUAGGGAGAGCGACCACUCCCGCUCCAGCUCCCCCACCGCGGGACCCAGCACCGAAGGGGCCGAGGGCCCGGAGGAGAAGAAGAAGGUGAAGAUGCGCCGGAAGCGGCGGCUUCCCAACAAGGAGCUGAGCAGGGAGCUAAGCAAGGAGCUCAACCACGAGAUCCAGAGGACGGAGAACAGCCUGGCCAACGAGAACCAGCAGCCCAUCAAGUCGGAGCCUGAGAGCGAGGGCGAGGAGCCCAAGCGGCCCCCGGGCAUCUGCGAGCGCCCCCACCGCUUCAGCAAGGGGCUCAACGGCACCCCCCGAGAGCUGCGGCACCAGCUGGGGCCCAGCCUGCGCAGCCCGCCCCGCGUCAUCUCCCGGCCCCCACCCUCCGUGUCCCCGCCCAAGUGUAUCCAGAUGGAGCGCCAUGUGAUCCGGCCACCCCCCAUCAGCCCCCCGCCUGACUCGCUACCCCUGGACGAUGGGGCAGCCCACGUCAUGCACAGGGAGGUGUGGAUGGCCGUCUUCAGCUACCUCAGCCACCAAGACCUGUGUGUGUGCAUGCGGGUCUGCAGGACCUGGAACCGCUGGUGCUGCGAUAAGCGGUUGUGGACCCGCAUUGACCUGAACCACUGCAAGUCUAUCACACCCCUGAUGCUGAGUGGCAUCAUCCGGCGACAGCCUGUCUCCCUCGACCUCAGCUGGACCAAUAUCUCCAAGAAGCAGCUGAGCUGGCUCAUCAACCGGCUGCCUGGGCUCCGGGACUUGGUGCUGUCAGGCUGCUCAUGGAUCGCGGUCUCGGCCCUUUGCAGCUCCAGUUGUCCGCUGCUCCGGACCCUGGAUGUCCAGUGGGUGGAGGGACUAAAGGAUGCCCAGAUGCGGGAUCUCCUGUCCCCGCCCACAGACAACAGGCCAGGUCAGAUGGACAAUCGGAGCAAGCUCCGGAACAUCGUGGAGCUGCGACUGGCAGGCCUGGACAUCACAGAUGCCUCCCUGCGGCUCAUCAUCCGCCACAUGCCCCUGCUCUCCAAGCUCCACCUCAGUUACUGUAACCAUGUCACCGACCAGUCCAUCAACCUGCUCACUGCUGUUGGCACCACCACCCGAGACUCCUUAACCGAGAUCAACCUGUCUGACUGCAAUAAGGUCACUGAUCAGUGCCUGUCCUUCUUCAAACGCUGUGGAAACAUCUGUCAUAUUGACCUGAGGUACUGCAAGCAAGUCACCAAGGAAGGCUGUGAGCAGUUCAUAGCUGAGAUGUCUGUGAGUGUCCAGUUUGGGCAAGUAGAAGAAAAACUCCUGCAAAAACUGAGUUAGUCCAAGGACAAGUAUGUAAAUAAGGGGUGGGCUCUGGGAGGGGAGAGACUUUACAAAAAUGAGGGCUUUUAUUUUCCAUUUGGAACGUGGGACAACAGACCACAACGCAAUUCCAUUUUGCAAGUCUUUCCAAGGGAGAAGCUGUUCAACCACCCAUUUGGGGGAUGAGUGAGCCGACACUUUCCUUUGGUCUUUCUAAAUCGUAACUGCACUGCUUUCUGGACCAUUUCUAAGGCGGCCUUUACAAGAAGACAUUCCUGUCGGAGAGGAGGGUGGACUUCGGAGAAAUUCUCAUACUGAAGCAUGAGCUUAGGAGUUUCUGUUAGUGGUAGUGGUGUUUUGGACACUUCAUUCCUUGCAACACCGAGGUUUUGGGUGUUGACAUAAAGUGGACCACACACCACAUCUGCUGCCGUCUUGACACUUUUUUUUGUUUGGUUGGUUUUGUUACAUCUUACAUUAUGCAGAACUAUUUUUGUACAAAUUGUUUAAAAGUUAUUUAUGCAAGGUU